AUGAGAUCCACAGUAGUCCUCACCGUAGCGCCCGAGUAUCGUGGUGAGCCCCGCAUACCCAGCGAUGCAAAAACAUGCAUAGUGGUCGUGAACACUCUGGAUGGCGGAUGGUCCUACAAAUUUACCGUCCUCUUUUCGAAAACACCUACGCAUCCUCGGGCCAACCCCCCAGGACUGAUACGAGCAUUCGCCAAUAGGAGUCUUGACGCCUAUACCAACUACGUAGAAGUGGGGAACGAGGGAAUCUUCAUAGCCAACUCACUUUGUGUAGCCCUUCAAAGAUUCAUGCUUGGCGAGAGCCAUCACAUCUGUAAUGCGAGAUUGCCGGUUCAAAUCGCUAUCAGAUUUGGUGACGGUCCGUUGGUUUCUCUUGAUACCUCUUUUGUUGUUGAAGAAGAGGUAGCCAAGUUCUUACGCCCUGGCCCUCCCCCUAAUGAUUUACAUCGCUUCAUCGAUUUGGCGACGUAUUGCGUGGCGAUCGAUAUACCUGCUCCUAGACGGGAACGCGUAGAGGAAAAGACCGCGCUUAUGGAAAUCGCUACCAAUGCUCAAUGCGCAAAUAUUUCGCCCAUCGAUGAAGAAGCAUAUCGAGCUACCUGUCCCGACUCCCCCCUUUUCGAUUCAUACCCCAAUGUCAGUUCAUGUUCCGAAGAAAGAUGCGAUGCGAUCACUCGGGUGCUUCUAUCCGGCAAAUCAAUCCAUGGUGUGUCAAAAGCUCUCGUGAUCGGUAGCGAUGGUUCUGCUGCUAUUUUUUCUGCCUUGCGGAAACAAGCAAUUGAGGUGUCGUUCUCAAGACGUCGUGAAACAUAUACCUACAACGACUACGAAAACGACCAGGAAUGGUUUGCCUAUUCUCCUGCUGGAAAGUAUACAUUCGACAAAGAAAAGUACGAUUUAGUUUUCAUCGACAUGCCCAGCUCUGAAGACCUUGCAUUAGAUGCCCGUCAGAAGUGUGAGCUCGCCACUUCUUUACGUGACGCCGGUGCGAUUGAUGGAUUAAUAAUUCUAUCUAGCGCGACCGAUAACGAUGCCGUACUCCGUCUCAGAAAUACACCCAGUGGAAAACUUGACGUGGAUGAUCCAUUCCGUUGCGUACUUUUAGGUACUUUUGAUAUUUUGGCAAAUGGCGCAAAUACGCUUGGUCGAUUUAUCUUGCCCGAUCAUCCAAUAUACUCGAGUUUCCAUCCUACGCUUCCCAAUCAGUCUGGCGUUUUCAUUUGCAAUCAGAACGAGUGGAGUAGUGUGCUUUCGGGUCGAUCAUACCUCUUAGCCUCUUCUCAAAUGAACUCGAUUCAUCAUCAUGUCCGAUUGGCGGAAAGUCCGCUACAGUGCUACGCUGCUUUGAAAGUUGGCGCUCCUUCUCUCCUACCGACUAGCUUGGAGAAGAUCUUUGACUCCGAGACCUGGAACAUCCAUUUUCUGCCAUCCUCCUUUUUCUCUCACAAUCCUCGAUUUUUUGAUAUGGUUGCUGCGCGUUACGAUGAACUGUCAGAUAUUUGUUGUAACCGUGGCUUUGAUGCUCCCAAAGAAAUUUUCUCUUCAUUUUCAAGUCGUACUACCACUGUACUUUUGAAGGACUUUUCCAGAUCUAGAUUUGCUUUGCAUGAUGACGAUUUAGACGAAGAAGACUAUUUAUACGAAGACAUAUCGGACUACAACAGAGUCCUACCAUUCGAGACUAUGGCAAUAUUAUGCUCGAUUUCAUUCUUCUGUAUCCUGCGCAUGUACUUACACGCUUACGAUAAAAUUCUCGAUCGCCAUAUGAAUGCGUGGGACCUCCAAGACUUGCUAUGGAGGCUGACAGCAUUUGGAUCUUGGGAAGAGAAGCGCUACUAUAUGUGUUCAGAGAGUUUCGCUCUGGACUUCAGGGAUUUUGAUAAUGCAGAAAGGGAUUGA